AUGGCUUCACUCGGGGACAACGCGCUUUACGAAACGACGACGGAGCUGAUAUCCGAGCAGGCUUUCAAAAUUGUCCUCUGGGUGGGCACUGGCCUCUGCCUGGCAGUCUGCAUCCUCCGCUUCUUGAUUAGACUCGUCUGCUUUCGCCGACUCCUUAUCGAGGACUACCUGGUUCUGGGAUCCAUGGCGAUCCUCGUCAGUAUCGCUGCAGUCCUCCAACGCUUCCUAGCAGACAUCUACCUGAUGAUGCACGUCCAAAAUCUCCAAGCCACUCCUGGACCGGACUUUCCGAGCCGCAUGUCUGCUGGCCUGCGAGCGGACGGCGCCGUGUUGAUCUUGGACACGGUGGGCAUCUGGCUCAUCAAGCUCAACUUCUUGGUCUUUUUCUACCGCUUAGGCCACCAGAUCCAGUCGUAUUUGAUCUUUUGGUGGAUUGCCUUCACCUUGGUCAUUGGCUGCUUGGCGGUGCUUCUCGGUGUCAUCCCUUACAGCUGCUCGUUCGGCAGCCUUGAACAUAUCGUCGUUCAGUGUGCGAGUGAGUCUAGCCUAAACUACAUAUACACGGCGUACAAGGUAUCAAUAUCCAUCGAUGUCCUGUCCGAUGUCAUCAUCAUCUGCUUCCCCGUUGUCAUAGUCUGGCAGACCAAGAUCAACCUGCGCCAGAAGCUCGUCCUCACGAGCAUCUUCCUCCUGGUCGCCUUCAACAUCGCUGUCACCAUCGUCCGUGGCAGCAUCUUCGGCAACGUGUAUGGGGCUGUGCAGGAGGCCAACCACAAAGUGCUCGACACAGCGUGGGCGUUAUUUUGGUUCUUUAUGGAAUACGUUGUUUCGUUUGUGAUCGCCUGUAUAAUCUCGUUCCGCUCGCUUUGGGUUAGCAGAAAGCAGAGCACAAAGGAUCGCGAGAAGGACAGAGAGGCGAUACACCUAAACGGAGCCCAGCAAGGUCACGCACAGGCUGAGUCACCAGUGCAGAAGAACAAGUCAUGGUGGCAGAAAGUCCAGAAUAGCCUCCUGAAUACUAUGGCUACUCUGGAGGGUACAACGCUUGACCGUCAUGAUUCUUCGUUCCUUCGUCCUUGGAUUCCCUCGCCGCACAUGGGCGUCGACUUUUCCAAGUGGGGUAGUAACGUCGAAGGUAGCAGUACUGAUAGCCGCGCCUCUCGUUCUGGCUCUGGCUCUGGCUCGGUGCCUUCUACGUAUAACUUCGACGACGGCUCUAGCAGAACAGAAGUGAGCCGGUCUUACCCAGGGAACGAUUGA